GGGGCUUGACGGAGUCCGCACGUAGAAAUAUUUUUGAUAGGCGUUUAAUAAUUCGGAUUUUUUAUGAAUGCAUUUUGUUUAUGAUACAAUUAACAUACAUUAUGGCAAUAUAUUUUUUUAACUCGACCUAGAAAAUGCACGUUAGUAUUUGCCAGGUAGCAAGUCAGCCAGUAUGAAAACAGUACAAUUUCCACAAGAGACUCAUCACAGUUGCUCAAUUAAAGUUAAAAUUCUAGAUGCAUGUCAUAUGAAUCCUUUGUUGUUUUUGUGUUAGAAGUAUUAACUAUUAUUAUAUAUCUAUCCAUUUAUGGUGCCAAAAGCCAGUCUAUUUAACAAGGUAGCUAAAGUCAUUUAUUGUGGAUGGCUAAUUCAGUCCAAACAGCAUCAGAAGCCACCUCAGCUGUUAAUUAACCGACACCCUGUAAAAUAGUUUAGAAUAACCAAUGGGAGUAAAAUUGGCAUUUAAAUGGACAUGUAGCAGAAUUAUAAUUAGCUUUGUUACUGUUGAAAAACACUCUUGGUUGAAUUAAAAUCAAAUCCAAUUUUAGUUUUAGAAAAAGGAAAAAAAAUGUGAAAAGAUUUUUUCAUAGAGUAACGAUAUGUUAAAACUUUAUAUUUUACCACGAUCUAGUUAAUGAAAACAAUUAUAAGGCCUGAGAACACCCUAUGGAAAAACGUCAUACUGUACAUCUGGGCUGUAUUGCUGUGAUGAGCACAUUAGCGCUGGACACAGACCUGCUGCUGCAGCCUUGGACACCAGUCCGCCUGGGUGGCAUACAGCUCUUGGCAAAAUCCUACUUUGGGGACACAAAGUACCAGAUGUUGCUGAGCAACACGCAGAGUGUGUGGGAGGAGGAGGUGGAUGCAGACACCAUUAAGGAAAGAGCACAGGAGCUUAACAAGCGUCUCCGAGCACCCGCUGACGCUUUCUUCGAUCACCUGCGCACAGUGGCGCGCCCGUAUCUGGCUGGGGAACCUGGUGCUGCAGUGGCGUGCAGUGGUGAUGUGCCUUCCAUCUCCGUUGUUGACUUGAAGCCCCACCGGCUAACAUUGCGACUCAAGAGCGAGCUGGCAGGAGUGCCUUUCUACUGGGAGUUCCGGUGCUCAUCCUCAUCUGUGGCAGUGGUGUGCAGUCAGCUAGUGUGCCCCCUGCUGGCUGUGAAUUCAGUAUUGCAAAGACAAGUAGCUGAGCUGGCUGCCCUGCUUGUGAGGAAGGAUGCUGAAAUUCAGGACUACAGAGAAAGUGGAGCUGUGCUGACCAGAGGUCGGCUACAGACAGAGGUGUUUGAUGAACUGCACUACAGAGAGAACUUCAUCACACAGGUGCUGCCCACGGUCUGUGUGCAGCAGGAGAGUUUUGGGUUCAACACCAUCCUGCAGGAGUUGUACGCCGCUGUCAUGGCCAGGAGACCCGAGUGCCAGCAGACUGUUCCUCCAAGCACGGUGACCGAGAACGGCACCCCUGACAGACGUGUGCGCGAUGGGCAGCGCCCAGAAGAGCCAGCGUCUAAAAAACACGGAGUUGCAGAAGAUCAGCAGGAUGGUUCUCAGGAUGACAGUGAGAGCGGUACCGUUGUUCCGAAGGAAGACUGUAGCACGUCAGUGACGCUGGGGGAACCGCAAAGCACACAGACGGUGCCUUCAAACCCGGUCCCUGCCAGCUGCGGUCCUCCCCGACCCAAGAAGAAGAAAGCAGUGGGAUUGUUUCGCUGAGCAGCACUGGAUCUGCUCCUCUCUCUCUUCUCAGCUUCGCUUCAUGUGCUGCUGUAUGCUCUCAUCCAUCUUUCCCUUUAUGCAUUGUCUCCUGGAUUUUAAUGCCAUUUUAAUUAGGAUAUUUAUAUUAACCUUUUUAUAUGACUUUUACUCCAUUUUCCGGUCAUAUUUUAAUGAUUUUAUUGAACAUUUAAUAAAGACCAGCCUAUGAAUAUGA